GUAUAGACCCCCUAAAAUAACACAUAACUCUUCACGUAGCUCUUCAGAAAUCAUAUAUAGUGGAGUGUUAAAUUCAGCAAUAUCUGGUUGAAAAGUCUUCAAAGCAUCAGCAUUGGAAAACUUAGUAGAGAGACUGAGGAGUGGAAACGAAAACAAAACUCAAAUGUUUAACCGUCUGGCUGGUUAGCCUGUCUACGGUUUGUGAAACUAUACUUUUGUGAAGGUGGAAUUGUUUGUCUUGGAGGAAUAGUUCCACUUACUUUCCUGCUUGCAGAAUCUGUGACUAAUUGCCUGAGUGACAUUUGCAUUGAAAUGUUCCACAAAAGACUGAUAAAUUGAGGAACAACAAUUGUGAAAAGUAAUUGCUCGAACUUUUGUGGCUUUUGACUCCCCCCCCCCCCCCCCAAAAAAAAAAACCUUGUGGUAAGAACAUCUUAAAUUGUUGGACAAAGGGGUAUUUCUCCCAGUGCGUUGCAUUCGUUUCUUGGACGAAAGGCUUGAACUGACGGACAUGAGUACAGCCAGGACAGAGAACCCGGUGAUUCUGGGAUUGUCAAACCAGAAUGGCCAGAUGAGAGGGUCUGUAAAGCCACCAGGGGGGCCGGGUGGGGGAGGAGGCGGAGCUCCCACAACACAGCCCACCCAGAUCAAAGCUCCAAGCACAAUCAACAAUGGCAACUCUCAGCCUGUGUCUACAGCGAACACCGUCAUCAAACCUGGGGAUGACUGGAAGAAGAACUUGAAGCUUCCUCCAAAGGAUAUGCGUAUGAAAACCUCUGACGUGACUGCUACCAAAGGGAAUGAAUUUGAAGAUUACUGUCUGAAGCGGGAGUUGCUGAUGGGCAUCUUUGAGAUGGGCUGGGAGAAACCGUCACCUAUCCAGGAGGAGAGCAUUCCCAUUGCUUUGUCUGGGAGGGACAUUCUAGCCCGGGCCAAGAAUGGCACAGGAAAGAGUGGCGCCUACCUCAUUCCCUUACUUGAACGCAUUGACCUGAAGAAAGACUGUAUUCAAGCAUUGGUCAUUGUGCCCACCAGAGAACUGGCUCUGCAGGUGAGCCAGAUCUGCAUCCAGGUGAGCAAACACAUGGGUGGGGUCAAGGUCAUGGCAACCACAGGUGGAACCAACCUCCGUGACGACAUCAUGAGGCUUGAUGAGACGGUGCACGUUGUUAUUGCUACUCCUGGAAGAAUUUUGGAUCUCAUCAAAAAAGGGGUGGCCAAAGUUGGCCAGGUGCAGAUGAUUGUACUGGAUGAGGCCGAUAAGCUCCUGUCCCAGGACUUUGUGCAGAUGAUGGAGGAGAUUCUGAGCUUCUUGCCCAAACAAAGGCAAAUUCUGCUGUACUCUGCCACCUUCCCUCUCAGUGUACAGAAGUUCAUGAACUCCCAUCUGCAGAAGCCUUACGAGAUAAACCUUAUGGAGGAGCUCACGCUGAAGGGCGUGACCCAGUAUUAUGCGUAUGUGACUGAAAGGCAGAAAGUCCAUUGCCUUAACACACUCUUUUCUAGGCUCCAGAUCAAUCAGUCUAUAAUCUUUUGCAACUCAUCCCAGCGAGUGGAGCUACUGGCAAAGAAGAUCUCGCAGCUUGGCUAUUCCUGUUUUUACAUUCAUGCCAAGAUGAGACAGGAGCACAGGAACCGUGUGUUUCACGAUUUCAGAAAUGGGUUGUGCCGAAAUCUCGUUUGCACCGAUCUCUUCACAAGAGGAAUUGACAUUCAAGCUGUGAAUGUCGUGAUCAACUUUGAUUUCCCCAAACUUGGGGAGACGUACCUCCAUCGUAUUGGCAGAUCUGGUCGCUUCGGGCACUUGGGUCUGGCCAUCAACCUCAUCACCUAUGAUGACCGCUUCAACCUGAAGGGCAUUGAAGAGCAGUUGGGCACUGAGAUCAAGCCCAUCCCCAGCAGCAUUGAUAAGAGCCUGUAUGUGGCAGAGUACCACAGUGAGAGCAGCGAGGAGGUCAAACAGUGAGUGUGAGAUCACCAGUCGUACGUCCCUCUCCCCACACGCCUGCCCCCCCCCCCCCUCCAAGAUCC